UCAACAUGUUGUACCUUGAAACUAGGAAGGAAAUAUAGGGAUAUCCACACACUGGAUUAAAGUUUCCAGAACUUCAAUGAAAUUUCAGGUUCUGAAGUAUUUGGAGCUUUAAGCCAGUGUUCAAAUACAUUGUGAUGCACCUGGCCUCAAUAUAGGACGAGAUUUUCACACAUCUACUGUACCUGUCUAUACCUUGUGACCACAACAGAAAUCCCCAAAAAGGAUCCAUGAUUUUGUGUUGGAAAGUAGUAGGAACAGUGGUAGAAGAUCUUGUCAAGUAUACUGUGCAUCUGCAGUAACACAAGUGUUUUCUGUACACCUUCAGGUUGUGUGCCCAUGAGGUCGUCCAUGCUGGUCCUGUUCCUCCUCUUCAGUGCCCAGGCUGUGGCCACCAUCGGAGGAGCAGCACAGCAGCAGUGUCCAAGCAACAACCCCAGCUCCGUCCCCACAGUGGACCCCAAACUCUUCACCAAACGCCGCUACCUCUCACCCAGGGUGCUCUUCAGCGCUCAGCCCCCUGAUGCAGAACCGGCAGGGUCACAGGGUGCCGGCAGAAGGACCCGCAGGCGAGCAGGGCAGGCUCAGCACCGUGGAGUUUACUCAGUGUGUGAGAGCAUCAGCGUCUGGGUGGGCAACAAGACCAAAGCCACAGACAUCUCAGGCAACGAGGUGACAGUGCUACCAGACGUGAACAUCAACAAUGUCAAUAAGAAGCAGUACUUCUUUGAAACAACGUGUCACAGCGCCCGUUCAGGCAGCUCUGGCUGUUUGGGAAUUGAUGCGAGACACUGGAACUCCUACUGCACCAACUCGCACACUUUUGUACGAGCACUGACUUCAUUUAAAAACCUGGUAGCGUGGAGGCUCAUACGCAUCAACGUAGCCUGUGUGUGUGUGCUGAGCCGCAAGUCAUGGCGGCAGUGAAUACUUUACACGCACGUCAUACACACAGCAUCGCGCGCUCAGUGAAAUACAGUACAAACACAGACAUACUCAUCACCAAAGACUUCUCACCUUCUGCACAAAGUAAAUUAUUGGUAUACAUCAAAGUAUCAGGACUGCAUGUAUAUACACCAGGCCUGGGUCAAAUAGUAUCUGUAGCUGGUGUGUAGCUAUUGAUUUUACCUGCGUAGGAGAACCAAAUAUCAAGGGGUUGUUGCUGUGUCACUCUGUAUCUGACUGUUUUAGCUGUGGUUUAUAACAGGUUCAGCUUGCGGCUUGCAGCUGUGCAGCCUCACUGCUGACUGAGUCAAUAUGAGCAUGGGUCCUGUAUUUUUCAAACUUCUAAGAAGUGCACUUAGGGCCAGUCACACAUACGCGAAUGCAGGCGAGUGGCCAUCGUCUAAACCCUGCUAAAUGUGGGCAGUGCUGCAGUGGUUUGUAGUUUGUUUUAGGGAUCAACCAUACACACGUUACUUUUGGUUGACCUUCAACUUCCCCAAUGUCGAACUCCACACAAAGCUUCGAACGGGAGGUGAAUAUUCCCUUAAUACUGUAAACUUCAGGAGCAACACUUGUUUAGAGACAAGAAGUUACCUUGUCUAUUUUUUUGUCCUUUUCAAAAAUAUAUUUAUACUUUACUCUGUUAAGUGUUAUUCUGCAAAAAUAUAUUGUGUUCUUAAAAUUAAAAUAAAAUCAUGUUACAUCCUAUCAAAUGUUCAAAUCAAGUGCAGAUAGUAGGCUGUGUGAAUUAUAUGUCACUUCAGCUUACAAAUUAUUUAUCAGUGACCAAUAAUGUUUUGUACAAUCAACUGUACAAAUUUGUGCUCUCGCUUCUGUUUCUGUGCUGCAGUCAUUUUUACACUUAAUUUAAGAACAUUUUUAAGUAAAAAAGACAUUUUUCUCUUAAGUUAGACAGUAGGGUUAAAAGUGGAGGAUUUUUUACAUUGUCCCUGAAGGAUCAUGGUGGGACUUUGGUGUUCCCCCUGACAGGAACAGAUAAUACUAUAUGUAACGCACAAUUUAUUGCAAGGGAAUGCAAAAUGGUUUCAGAAUAAAAAUCGCCCCAUGACUUCUCUGGAGCUCUGUAGAUUUUUACCUUUAUAUUAAAUACUGGCUCGGGUUCAUCUGAACCACAGCUAAAAUGUAACUUAACCAAAAGUAUGAUGAUGAACCGCCCCACAUGGCCACAGGUGAUCCAAUGCGGAAAAUUGUAAUUGAGAGGAAAUUAGUUUCAGAUGUCUGACUUGUGAUUAACUGCCAAGGAAGAAAAUUAAAAAUAGCAUUAGAGCCAUAUACAGUGUGUAUUUUAUUAUUUAAAGUCUAGUUUCAGCCUCUGCAGCAGAUUUAAUUUGAGCCUCAGAUCUGAUGACCUUUAGUGACAAUUACGUAACCACCAUAGGACUCAUUUUUAAACUGGAGCGUCUGAAGACAGGUGAAGACGUGAUUUAUUUCAAGACAGCAUGGGUUUAAACCUGUUAUAAACCUUAAACCGCUGCUAAGCUAGUGACAGAGCAUUGGGGCCCCUCAGAGUUUUAGCACCACAACACAAUCAUGCUAAUUAUAGUAUUUCUCUGCCACCCAUUAUAUUGUCCUAUACACAACACUCACUCUAA